AUUACUCCGAGAUGGUGACUGCAGGAGGUUUCACGUAAGAUUUUACAGGAAUCGAAACUUGGAUUUACGGACUUCACCUUUGCGCUCAGGUGUCACAGUAAAGGUGUUUAUAUCUCUUGGCUCCCCCGUGUUGUCCUCGCAGGUGUAUCUUCAGUUCCUGCCCUUUACUUUUUGUGCAGCGUUGGAUUUUUUUCCUUCCGGCGGUGUUUGUGCUCAGAUGACGGCGCAGGUAGACUACCUGGUGGUGUUUUUCACCGCCACAUCUGGCGCGAGUGGAGAGCUGUUGGGAUCCGACGAGAAGGAGCUCGUGCAGUUGGUUUGGCAGCUGGUGGAUGUUAAGAACAAACAGUUGGGCAAGGUGAAUGAGAUCCUCAUUAAGCCUGACCUCUUAGAAUUGACAGAGAAAAAAGAGGAGGAGGAUGUGGUGGAGGAGAGCGUGGAAGAGGAGAAUGGACACGGAGCUGAUCAUGUCUCCACAGCCACAAGUCUUGAGACUGCAUUAAACCUGUUUCACAUAGAACUGUCAAACGAGGUGAACAGCGCAGGCGCAGGCACGUCGGUGUGUUUGUGUACAGACGGGCAGCUCCACAUCCGCCAAGUGAUUCACCCCGAGGCUGCAAGCAAGAACAUCCUGGUCCCAGACUGUUUCUACUCUUUCUUUGACCUUCGGAAAGAGUUCAAGACACAUUUCCCCACACCUGACCUCAAGACUUUGAAUGUACACAUCAUGGCAGAGUCUCUUAGUAUACCUGUUGAUGUGCCCCCCAUGUGGGAUCCCUCAGCCAUACUGGAUCCCUCAGCCAUACUGCCUGCAGAAAUAGCUGUACAGCAGGUCCAGAUUACGGGCAGCAUUGUCCUGGCCCUGCUUUCUGAGCCAUAUAACCACACAUUUACUACCCAGGAGAGAGUUAGUGAGAAGUUUGAGAAUGGCACAUGCAGUAAGAUGGAGAAAGUGUGUGACAACACAGUGAUCAGAGCCAGAGGGUUGCCGUGGCAGUCUUCUGAUCAGGACAUCGCUCGAUUCUUCAGAGGACUCAACAUUGCCAAAGGAGGGGCUGCAUUGUGUCUUAAUGCUCAGGGCAGGAGGAACGGAGAAGCUCUCGUUCGUUUUGUCAGUGAAGAACACCGAGACCUGGCGCUGCAGAGACACAAACACCACAUGGGCAGCAGAUACAUAGAGGUUUACAAAGCAUCAGGAGAAGACUUCCUGAAGAUAGCAGGAGGUACUUCCAAUGAGGUAGCAAUGUUCCUGUCCCGGGAAGACCAGAUCAUAGUGAGGAUGCGAGGCCUUCCCUUCAUCGCGACACAGGAGCAGGUGCUCGCCUUCUUCUCCCCGGACGAUGCUCUUAAAGAGAUGUGUCCGGUCAGCGGAGGGAAGGAUGGCAUCCUCUUCGUACGCUACCCAGACGGGCGCCCCACUGGCGAUGCUUUUGUUUUAUUUGCCUGCGAAGAACAUGCCCAGUGUGCUCUGAGGAAACACAAGGAAAUCCUGGGCAGAAGAUAUAUUGAGCUGUUCAAAAGUACAGCAGCAGAGGUCCAGCAGGUGUUGAACCGGUACUCGUCGGCCCCUCUGAUCGCUGUGGCCCCUGCACCCUUGGUGUCAAUGCUUCCCACAGUUUCUCUCCUGCCCCCUCCUGGUGGUCUUAGAGACUGCCUGAGGCUCAGGGGGCUGCCGUACACAGCGAGCAUAGAGGACAUCCUCACCUUCCUGGGCGAGUUUACACACGAUAUCAGACCUCAUGGCGUGCACAUGGUCCUCAACCAGCAGGGUCGUCCAUCAGGGGACUGCUUCAUCCAGAUGACCUCAGCAGAGCGGGCUAUCCAGGCCUCACAGCGGCUCCAUAAGCACGUCAUGUCCAGCCAGCGCGGGGCCAACAGCCGCUACGUGGAGGUGUUCCCCUGCAGCGCGGAGGAGAUGGGCCUGGUGCUGAUGGGAGGCUCGCUCUCACACACACAUACACACACACACACCCGGAACAGGAGUGGGACAGGGCUCAGCCCGCCGCCAUGUAAGUCAAGACGUUUAUCUCCACCCUCCUACUCCUUCGGCCCCCCUCCACCUGUCAUGACCUCAGAGGCGGCUGCUGCCCUCUACCCUCCCAUUGGUCAGGUCUUGCUGGCCCCACGCCCCCUGCCACCACAUGCAUACUACCCCGGCUCGGCUCAGCUGUACAUGAAUUACGCAGCCUACUACCCAAGUCCACCUGGCUCACCUACCACUGUAGGUUUCUUCCCCUCCCCCUCCUCACUGUCCUCUCCUGGGGGGUUGGUGCGUAUGCCAGGUCUGACAUACAACAGCAACGGAGUCAAAGAGCUCAUUAAUGCAGUGCAAGGAUAUCAGUUUGCCCCCGAGGAUGCUCUCAUCCACGCCCAUGGGGCUAUGCACGCUCACGAUCCGACCGGGACAUUGCUUACACAGCCCAAAGAAUGGGUGUGUAUUUAAGGUGUCUAAGGCAGGUGGCAGAGUCCCGCAGAGUCCAUGUCUCUCCUGAGCAGCAGUCUGAUUGGUCAGUCCAGCGGAGGUGAGGCUUCUCUCAUGUCCCUCUCCGGUCUCAUGACCAAGCCGGCGGGGCAGUACCUGGACCUGACCCUGUUGUAGGGUCACAAUUAAACAAAUGUCAUGAGACUAUUUGUUAUACGUCAAAAACUUGUAAUGUAUUGUUAGGUUUUUAAAAAUAGUCUUUUAGAUGUGUUAUUUAUAUCUUUAAGAGCAGAAAUUAAUGUAUUUUAUACCAAAAUCAUUGUGGCCGUAGCCAAAAAAUAGCAGUUUUGUCUUAUAUUGCACAGUGUGUAUUUUAAAAGCUUUAUAGAGAUUUUUUUUACAUGUAAGAAUAUUAUAAUCAUGAUGAUGUAUUUGCUAGCCAAACUUGAGAAUUAUGAACUAGUAGCUACAUUUUUUUCCCAAAAGCUUCUCUGUGAAGAGUGAAAGUGUGCGUGAGUGUGUGUGUGUGUGUGUGUGUGUGUGUGUGUGUGUGUGUGUGUGUGUGUGUGUGUGUGUGUGUUUCAGUGUGAAAGAGAUGAACAUGAGUAUUAUGAAUGGCUGUGUUGAUACGUCUUAAUACUCAAUCUGUUUUUGAAAUACAUUUAAUGUGUUUAUAUACACUUGAUACAGUACACACUGAUUGUAUUGGAAGCUUUAGUGCAUGAAGAAGUUAGUAGUACAACUUUUAAGAUGUUUACAUAAUGCCAAAUAUCAAUGCACUGCUAAUCAAUAAGACUACUAAUGAAUAGUAUAGCAGUAUCUUUCAAUGAUAACAUAUGUUACACUGUGAGUUUGUCCAAAAGUCAGCCUUCACUUACAAAACGGUGACAUCUCGCACUCAUUAACCCCCUCAUUCCCUUUAUAGCUGCCCUAUACGGGUGUGUUUCCUUGUUGUGAAAUGCCAAUGUUUUCUUGCCCUUUGUUUUUGACUCCCAUUUGAACAGAGGACAGUCCCAGUUCUCUGUAACCUAACCACAGGGUUGCAUUCUUUAAGACUCAUGUCAAAAGCUCUCAUCUUACUGAUUGAAUCUCAGGAGCCAGAGGUGGUUUCUGACAGAUUUAAUUACAUGUUUUUGCUCAACUAAGACCACAAAGAUGUUAUCAGACCAUCACACUUUCCUUGUCUUCUUUUCACCAUCUAUGUGGGGGAUGCUAUCCCUGCAGGUAUCCCUUAGCCAUUUCUCUUGUUAGCUAAAUAAUUUCGAGAGUUGAUGGAACGUUUAAAAGAACAGGUAACAAUGCACAACUCUGAUGUGUGUAUCUUGUGAAUUUAACUGCCACUUUUGCCCCGUGUGGGCUUCAUGUUGCUGUACACACAUCAUACAGUGGGAGUCCUGCUCAGGAUGUCAAGCUGUGUCAAUGCUAUAACAACAAUAAAUAUAACAUGUGAAGUCUG